CGUUUGUUAUGACUUAUUGUUUUUAUUUUUUAAUUUACAUUUUAUUGUUUCAUACAAUACUCGUAUAACUUACGGAUUCCUCGUAACUUAGAAAUAAUUUAUGAAAAUAUAGAAAAGUUUAAAGUGCCGUUUGCAGUUUAGGAACGGACAAAACGAUAGGUUAAACGCCGGGUUCUAACUUCUAAAGUUGAAUUCGUCUCUACUUAGGCAAAGUAUUCGAACUAUGACCGCAGUUAUGGUAACAAAGUUGGAUGGGAAGUUACAAAUCAAUAGGAUUUAAUCCAAUUCAAGUCAACUGGUGAUCUCUAGUGAUUAUCUCGCAUCAAAAACAUGGCUUUGGAACAAUCGUUGAUGGAAAUAUGUUCGGGUCUCACCUCGAUACGUGUUAAUGAGAGAAAGAAAAGUGCUGAAUCUUUAAAAGAUAUGCUUAGUAGAUCCGCUAUGCCUAGUUUACUGACAGAAAACACUCGCAAGAAGUCAGGUUACACUUGGAACCAAGUUUUUAAUGAUAUAAAUGAAUAUAUACUCAAAGAAACUGAAAAAUAUGAAACAAAUAAGAAUUUUGAUAAUAUUAUUGGGACUUCAACUAGUCUUCUGAAUUUAUGUGUUUCAGGGUCAAAUAAAGGUGGUGCUCAUAUAAAAUGUGAUCUUAUUAUUGAAGCUUGUUUAAAUAUAUUUAAUGAUAUUCGUUUAAGAAAAGCUAUUGGAGAUGCUUAUUAUAGUGUCCUUUAUAAACAUGUCUUGGACAAUGAUUAUUUUAUAGGAUUUAUUACUCCAUUGAUGUGGGAAAAUUUACUGGAAGCAUGUGUGAACCUCUGUUUAACUAAUUCAUCUCAUAUGGACAUUUUAACAAAAUUCAAAUUACUAUGGCUCGUUAUUAAAAAUGCUAGCAACACUGUUCAAUUUGUUGUUUGCCUGAGAGAUUCAUUGGGAGAUAUAGAUAAAUGUUUAAAAAAAAAAAUGGACGACAAAAAGACACAGGAUUUUGUUAUGAAGAUUUUCAUACUAUUGGUGGAGUUGCUGUCCACAGAAUCUCGACAUAUGAUUUGCGAGUUCACUGAAAAUGUACUUCCUAUUAUAUUUAAAUUUUAUGACCACAAUAUGGAUGUUAAGAAAAAGCCUUUAUUAUUCAAGGCGUUAAGCGUCGCAGUGAAACUUCACCACCCCUGUGGCAGAUUAAAAAAUGAGGAAGGUAGUUUAGCACACGACUGGGACGUGUGGUAUAAACUUUUGCAUAAUGUACUAGAAAUAAUUUGCCUGGAAAUUAAUUACAUACAAAAAUCUAUAAAACAAAAUGCUGUUAGUGAGAAUUUUUCACUCUUGGCCGCCAUUACAUACUACCAAAUCUUUAAUGAGGGCAAAGAUUCGAAUGAUGCAGACGAAUCAAUGGCAAAGAGACCAAAAAUUAAUUUAAAUAAGAACAAAUGUUUCAAUGACAUAUUAAAGGAAUUACGACAUAGUGGACCGCCUUGGGUUGAUAUUAUACACUUCUACGUGCAGCAGUUCAAACACUCUCUAACGGCUGAUGAUUAUAUUUCUCUCGUUAAAACCUCGGAGAUACUAAUACCAAAUAUGGGCAAAGAUUUUGACAAUUUGGGAGAAAUGUGUUGCACUGUCAUAGAAUAUUAUAUUAAAAAUCCGAAUAAUGUUACCUACUAUGUUAAUGUGUUUUAUGAUCUGUGGAAUGCCUGUGUUAGAAACGCAACAACACUUGCAACUUUAAAAUCCGUUCAUAUGAUCAUUCGGUCUUUUCUAAGAUUAGACAUUUUAAAAUACUCUCAUGUCCAACCACUUUUAGCCCUAUAUUUUGAAAAUGGAAUGCCCAUCACCAACUGUUCCCUUAUAACAUUAGCCUUCGUAUAUUCAAAAUUCUAUUCCAACUGUUGUUAUUCUAAACAAAGAAUUAAAUGCGUGGAAUGGUUAAAACACAUGAGCAUCACCGAUAUUAAUGUUAAUUAUUUAGGAAACAUCUUAUUCCGUCUCAUUUCUGAUGAGAAUAUGGAAUUGAAUUUUGAGAUUACCUCCCCUAUAACCAAAUUUCACGAGGUGUUUAAUGAUAUGGAAACUAGUAUUCUAUUUUCAAAUUUCGAAUAUGAAGUCGAAAAUAAAGAGAUUAAAAGCACAAAGGAGGAUUUAGUUGCCGUGAAAUUUAAUCAAGAGAUGUGUACAAUAGUCUUAGAUUAUUUACAUGGUAAAGUGACUGAGCUGUCUUCAAAGCCCGAUUCCACAGAAACAUUAAUAGAAAGUGUAAAAUUUAUACAUCUGACACUAAACCUGUAUGAAUCGUUGCAAACGUAUAAGAUAAUUUCAAAGGAAUUUACAGUCAACUCCGAGUUAUACUUCAUUACAGUAGACACUUUGAAGAAACUGUUCAUACAUUUAACUCGUACACUGCGUUCUGAUGAACAAGUCAGAAAGAAGAUUAAAUUCAUCACGUGCCUCCAAGAGUUGUUGCAAGAUAAUUUUGGUUGUUUUCUCAACGGUAUUGCCAGGUCGUGUAUAGAUGUAAAUUGCUUUCAUGCCGUCAAUGAAAUUUUGAAGACGGAGGUGGAACUGGAUGAUGACGAGGAUAUAGAGAUAGGGCCAGUCGGCUUAAAAUGCCAGUGCGUAUAUUUUUUAGCCGCGUAUUGCUAUUAUUCCCAUACGUAUACUGACGAGCUGGUUAAAUGCAUACUAGACGAAGACUUGUAUAAGUUUGACGCACAUUGGGAUGUAGAUUGUGCUCUCAAAUGUAUUGAAAUGGUCAUAGACCAUGAUCAAGACGAUAAAUAUCUAGACUCCGUGUUUGGGCUUAUGAAGAACAUGUGUAGAGUUCUGUUUAGAAACUCUAAAGCGAGCUUUGUUCUUUUACAAUUAUUACUCAAGAUAUUAGACAGAAUUUGGGUUCAUAACGACAGUGUGAUGAGAAAAAAUUGUAUAAUAAUGGUUAAGGGUUACUAUGAACGAUGUAAUAAGUUGUACUAUACACCACGUCUUGCUUCAAUAAUAUACGAAUGUGUGGCCCGGGUUAUGAAACUUAAUAGACAAUAUAGAUUUGAACUAGAGUUUGAUACGAAUUUGGUAAAGCAGAUAAAAGGGAAUAGUCACAGUAUAAGGAUAUAUUGCUGCUAUCUUCUGAAAUAUGUUUACGAGAAUCUGGAUGUGGAAGAUGUUAAGGAAAUUUCGAAUUCUCUUCUGGAUAUCUUUGUUAUCACUGUGCCAAAGGAAAAUGAAAUAGUAUUGAAAGAUGAAACAAUAAAUCGUACACUAACAGUGUUGCAUUGCUUUCGUGCCUUAUCGAAAAUACGGCAUUGGCUACUCCAUACAAUUGUAUUCCAAAUAAUUUACACUCAACAGAAAAAAUCCUUGAAUCAGAGUCUCACGAGAAAAGCUUUGAGUCUCAUUGUAAAAGGCAUCGCUCAGCGGAACUUCGAUGAAUAUGUGAACAAUAAUAUUUUGGAUAUUCUUUAUUCUUGGUUUAUUGAAGGCGAGAAAUUUGAUAGUCUCCCUUUAAAUCUAUUGGGUUUUAAGUUGGAUGUAUUUCUGGAAAAGCACGCGAAAUGGCUGGUGGCUUCGGAAGUGCUGUGGAGUUGUAAGGGUCACAUUGAGAGGAGCGAAACCGUUAAAUUGGUUGCUGCAAAGUCUAAGAAGACAGUCGAGGAUGUUAUUGAGAUGUGUUUCUGUGCCGUCAUAACGUUAUGCCUUCCUUACAUUGUGGUAGAGAAAUACGAAAUGGAAAGCGAGAAACACGCCGGUUUCAAAGCGUUAUUUGAAAAUUCGAAUAGAAUGUUCCACUCGACAAGACAAAUAUUAGACAAUGAGAAAUGGAGCAAUCUUUUCGUUGAGCAUUUGGGUGAUCUUAUUUUGUUGGCUGCGACUCAUGUGUGUGACCCUCAGAGCGCGAUAGACCAGUUCAAAUUAGAAGAAAUGCAUAUGAAGAAUAGAUUUUUGUGUUCUAAGGCUGUUUUCAAAGGAGUUUUGCGGUAUUUUGGGGAGCUAAUCGACGGUGAUGUCAUAGAGUAUUUUUCAGGAACCCAGCCUUUAGUCAUACUAAACAUACUAUUUAAACUCUGGGGUAACUUUGUCAAUGAGAAUGUACCAGAUUUCAAAAUUUUACAACUCCACACUUACGUUUCCUUUAUAGAAAACGUUAAGAUUGGUUUUACGUCCGAUGCUGUUUUGUUUAAUUUUAUUCUAAACAGUCUCGCGAAUGCAAUAAACACUUCAGAAACGAAUGAAUUGAAAGCUAUAUUCGGAGUAUUCAAGCAAAUUUUGGAUAAGCUUAAACAAGCGAAUAAGUUAGAAACGCUGCGGCAAAAUAUUUCCGCUAAAGUCCUAGCAAUUCUGAGCGCUAAAGAUGCGAAUUUGAUGGAAUUAAAUGAAAUAGAUGUAGUGGAUAGUGUUGUUUAUCAAAGCAAUGUUAGUCAACACAAAUGCGCUUCUAAAGUGGAGUUUACGAAUAUGUUGCAAACAUAUACAACAAGUUUAAUAUACCCAAGCAAUGAAAUACUGUGCAACUUUCGACAAUUUCUUCAAACAAAUACAGAUCACGUAAACGAUCUCUGUAAGGACUUAAAUAUUAAGGGAUUUUCAGAGGAUUGCUCUAAUAGUCUGGUCCACUGUAUUAUAAAUGGGCUGAGUAAUAUUUUGAAGACCUCAAACGAGAAUAAGAUAAUAAUAGAAGCCUGCAAUUGCUUAGCCGAAAUGGCCACUUACGAUAUAAAAACACUGGUCACAGUCCCGCCAGCGGAUACAGAGCAUUUGGAAUCAUUAUCAGCAAAGGAAUAUUUUACGUACAAAACAUUAGAAACACUGUCUAGCGAGCUCUUUGAUAAAGAUCCGUCAGUGAAUAGUAAAGUCGCAGUCGUUAUAAACCGGAUUUUGAAAUAUCGCGAUGGAAAGUUGGCUUUAGAUAUGGAGGGAAUUAACAAGGAGAUAUUACAACCGCUCUCGCCCCUAAAUAGCGAUAUACACGCAGAGUAUCAGAUAGAUGAUGGAAAAUUCGAGUCAUUUAAUUCUCCUGAUUUCUGGAUCCCUAAGCCAUGCGAGGAUCACCUACAUUGGGUCGUUAGGAUAACGACAAGUCUGUUAUCAUUAAUCGCCUCAGGGAAUAAUUGUGCUGGUGUCCUGAGUGCAGUUUGUGCUUUAAAGCCAACACUGUCAGCCAAAGUGAUGCCAUCCAUCUUGGGUCUCCUAUUUGAUUGUGAUGCGCGUUCGAAAUCUGAAAAACUUAUCAAAACACUGGGAGAACAGUUAAAUCAAUUCUUCAUUUACAUUUGGAAGCUUACUUUUGAUGAUAAAUUGGAGAACUCAGAAGAUGGAACCUGCGCUGGAGUGUCAAGCAAACUCGAUCACAAUCACAAAAUGAUUAUUCAGUACAUACUUCAACUUAUUGAUUUUAUACGGCUGCAAGCGAAAAAUUACCGGAAAAAGUCCUUACCCCUAAACUACCUAAACUUGGAAUAUAAGAAGGUGGCCUGGGCGAGCGCUUUAGCAGAUUUAAACCUCGUAGCUAUAUACUAUGGGGAGCUGUGGGCUGCGGCACAAAAUGGUGGUGUUCCCCCCUCCUCACCAGAUGCCACUUCCAACUUAGAUGGUGGUUCACAGCUACAGCGGAUUUUUAGAGGGUGUUUCGUAUCAAUCGGCGAACCGGACGCUGUCGAAGGCUGUGGUACAGCCCACUUGACAAGUGAAGAUGAGAAACGCAAGCAUUUAAUAAACACAGGGCAAUUCACGGAUUCCCUGCUAUUGCAUGACAUAGCGCUUUCGGGUUCGCUUGACCAAACGCUGCAGUACGGAGUGGUCACAUCUCUUCAUAAGGCUGGGAUGCACCACUUAGCCUUACAGUAUAUUAAGUCAUGCCCUGAAAGUGAAACACUCAAUGAUAUCAAGUAUGACUGCUUGUCGCUUCUCGGUGACUGGAGUGACUUUGUCGCUACGAAGGAAUUGGAACAAAAGUCCAAAUUGACGUUUAACACAAAUUCUAUAACCAAAAAGUUUCGAUACGCAUGUCUCAAAGACUGCCUAAACAUCCAACCGAGUGAAGAUUUCUAUACAAAACUGGAACAGCCUCUAAAUGGAGCUAAACUUGCCAUUUCACGAUUGUGUAGGAGGUUAAACAUGGAGAAUUCACAAUGCGUUUACAAAAUUAUGGCGUGCCUUCAUCUAUUUCGGGAUAUAGAGAGUUAUUUCGCAGUGAGAUGUGGCAAGUUUCAUAUCAAGGUGUUGCUAGAUAGGUGGCAAAUUGAGAAAUUGCCGCCAUUCAAGGACUUUAAGCAUUUGGAAAGUCUAAUAUCGCAACGGGGUUUAAUACUUCAACACGCGGCUGAGAACAAUGGCUUAUAUUCGGAGAAGAUAAAUUCUCUGCAGUUGCAAUAUGCCGAACUGGGCUUGUCAAAUCAAAGAGUACAAAUUGCACAGCGCAUGGUAGCGAUGGUUAAACGCUUUCAGCCAUCGAAAGAAGUGACUCUGUUAGAGAGUAAAGUUUCGUGGGAUAAAGGACACAAGGACAUCGCUCUGUCCCUAUUACACGAUAACAUUGUCGAUGAGACGGAUAAUGCCAAGUUAACUGCUAUUUCGUUAAGACAAUACGGCUUAUGGAUGGCCGAGUGUAAGCGAGAAAAUGCAAGAGACAUAAUCAAUCAGUACUUAGAAAAAAGCCUUGAAGUACUGAAUGAUUGCGAUGAUUUGGACACGAGAAACAAAGUGUACUAUGAUAUAGCACAGUUCGCCGAUGCGGAGUACAAACUUGUGGUGACAUACAUGAAUUCGUCUACAUUUGAGAAUAAAGUCAAAUGUAUGGAGAGUAUGAAGGGAACCGCUGCUAGUUUGAGGUCUUCUCAACAAACGCUCACGAGAGACGAGAAGAAGGCGUUGAUAGCAAACAACGCAUUUCGGCAGAUGGACGAAGCUGAGAUCGCGAACACGAGAGCGGAGAAGGAAACAUUUUUGGAACUAGCAAUGAGAUUCUAUUUAUUAUCACUUAAACAGAGUGACAAUAAUAACCUCUCAAUAUUUCGUGUUAUAUCACUGUGGUUUGAGAACAAUUUAGUGAAUUUGAGCGGUUUAGGCGAAGCCCUUAAAGCGGUUCCAUCAUGGAAGUUCAUAACUGUGUUACCACAGAUCGCACCACGCCUUUCCUCUGAUGACACGUCCUUUGUUUACCUAAAGGAUUUAUUAAUGCGCUGUGCAAAAGAUCACCCGCAUCAUACAUUACCCAUCCUCUUCAAUCUAAAGAAUUCAGACAAGGACAAAAACUAUGGAAAGAAUCAAUCUCAGUUAUUCCGAAGUCCGCCAGAGCCAAGGGUUAUAGCUGCUGGAGAAUUAAUAUCAGAAUUGGAGAGGAUGGAUCCUAAAAUGGCCAUUUUAAUAGAACAAAUGGAUACUUUGUAUGAUGCCAUAAUAAGCUUCGCAUACUUCACAUCUCCAUUCAAGGAUAUAGGCAAACAAUUUUCAUUACCAAAAGAAGAGGUUAUUUCUCGUCUCCGUGACUUGAAUAGCGUUCCCGUCCCGACCGAUACGAUUGCCAUUAAACGGAAUUGUGAUUAUUCCAGCUUGAGUAGUUUUUCUGGUUUUGACAACUAUUUCGAAAUGGUGGGUGGAAUAAACUACCCCAAGAAAGUUAAUUGUCGAAGCUCGGAUGGGAAGAAAAGAAUUCUUUUAAUUAAGGGCGAAGAUGAUAUGCGACAAGACGCGGUGAUGCAACAAGUGUUUUCGAUUGUCAAUACGCUGCUUGAAAAGAAUCCAAUUACAUAUCAUAAUAAAUUACUCAUACGUACUUAUAAGGUAGUUGCGCUGUCCCGUCGCUCUGGAGUAUUGGAGUGGUGCGCGGGCACUGUGCCGCUCGGUACGUACUUAACGAACGCGCACGUACGUCAUCGCCCACAGGAUAUCUCACCAAAUACCGCUAGAGGCAAGAUAAAAGAGUCCCAAGAAAAGAAACUCUCAAACAAACAGAAGUUGGCGGUUUUUAACGAAAUAUUGAGAGUGUUCAAACCAGUUUUUCAUUAUUUCUUUACUGAACAUUAUCUCGACCCUGUUACUUGGUACGAACGAAGGCUGGCUUAUACCAGAAGUGUGGCAACAUCGUCAAUGGUUGGAUACAUACUCGGUUUAGGGGAUCGUCAUGUGCAAAACAUAUUAAUUGAUAAGACAACUGCUGAAGUUAUUCAUAUAGAUUUUGGGAUUGCCUUCGACCAAGGCAAAACAUUACUUACACCGGAGACGGUACCUUUCCGUUUAACUCAAGAUAUCAUCGCAGGCUUUGGUUGUAGCGGUGUUGAAGGAAUAUUUCGAAGAUGCUGUGAGAAAACCCUGCAAUUGCUCCGAGAUAACCAGGAGACGUUACUGACGAUACUGGAAGUUCUCUUAUGUGAUCCCUUAUAUCUGUGGAUUGUGCCCAAUACUUCAAAAAAUCCCAACGAGUCACGUGCUGAGACAGCGUCUGGAGGACUAGCAGAGCGGGCCUUGUUGGCCGUUCGUAGUAAGUUAAAUGGAGCGGAGAGCGGAGCAGGCGGCGUUUCGGUACGAGGGCAGGUCGCCGCGCUUCUGCAUCGCGCCACAGACCGGGCUAAUCUCUGCCGGCUGUUUCAUGGAUGGCAACCCUAUCUGUGAUAUCUAGCUACGAUUUAAUAUAAGAAUUUUAAGUUGUUGAUUUUGAAUACGUGUAA